UAGCGGGCUCCCCUCCAUAAGACCGUAGCCUGAGCAGCCACACGGGAUAGCUCUGUUAGUUCAGGAAAAGGUUAUUUUCCAUUACAAAUAAACCACUGUUCAAUCAUUCUGCAAAAGUAUCGGGUUUAAGAAUUUUUACCAGUUAGAAGCAGAGCUCUUAACUAUAUAUGCAACGUUAGAAGGGAAGGCUGUAGCGUUGUUGAUUGGAAUGAUUCUGCAAUUUCGAGCCUGGUAUUUUGCCUUUAAAAUUCUAGGCUUUGUGGGUGCUCUACAAUUUAUGACAGGCACAUUCUAACCCUUGUCUGUAAGCUCUUUCUCCGGACAAAUUCAUAGAGCUACAAAUGCAGGAUUUCUUUUCAAACGUAAUUUCUGCCCCGCAUACACCCAAAUGUUUUUUUCUUUUCUUGUGAAAGUUUUUAGAAAAACUCUCCAGUGAUUUGUUUGGCAAGGGUUGUGUAAAACAAAACAAAUUUGGAUUAUUUUUUGGAUGAUACUAAUAGUACCUGCUAUUCUGGAAAAUGCAAGCUUAUUCAGUACAGUUGUUGCUAUGUAAUUUGAAGAUCCGUCAAAAGCCGCUGGCAAAAAUAAAACCCUAAUUUGGGAACCCUUUUAAGCAGCUCCAAAAGAAGGAAUAAAUCAUGCAACAUGAUAAAUUUUCUCCCUUUACGUUCAGUGUUCUUUUCUGUUAUUCAUUUCUAUAACACCCCAUUUUUGUUUGAACCCAGUACCGUUUGGGAAAAUGAAUUCAAUCGUAGAACCCUAUAAGCAGCAGCAAUAUCAGAAAAGAUGCCUAGAGUGAAAUAUUCGUACUAUUUUUCUUGCGCUUGCUAACUGCUUCUGCUUUUCUCUUGAACACCCUAUAUUUGGUUGAACCCCAUACUGUCUGAGGGAAAAUUACCAUCAUAAGGCAGUAGAAACUGUAGAAAAAAGCAGGAAAGAGGGCCACCAAUGAGAAAGGAAUUCUUGUUGUCUUUUUAAUUUUCCUUCUUCCGUUCAAUUGCUCCUAGUGAAACUCAAAUCUUGAUUACCCCAUUUUUUAUGUAAUCCAGUACUAUCUGAAGAAAAAUUCCAAUCUUCAGCCAUAGAAGCAGCAGCAACAAAAGGAAAAGUGGAUAGAGUCUGCUAAGUAGUUCAAGCCGUUACGGGUUAAGAGGUGGUACAGUUGAAAAAGGCAUUACUUUUACCAUUUAAUUUCUCAUUGUUUGAACUUGAAACACAUUCCUUGACUACCCCAUCAUUGGUUGGACCCAACACUGUCUGAGAAGGGAAUUCCAUUCUCAAAAUAUUAGUAGAACAGCAGCAGCAGCAGCAGCAGCAACAGCAGCAGCAGCAGCAGCAGCAGGACAUAAGGUACAGUAUGAUAAGCACCCCAAGUGUUUAUGUGUUAAAAAGGGCCACUGUUGAAAAAUGCACUCCUUUUUUAACUCAUUUGCUUGCUGCUAGUGUCCAUUGCUUGAAUUUCUCAUCUUCAUCUCUAUUUGGGCAAAAUGUUGUUUCUUCUUCUUCUGUGGGAAGCCAUGAAAAUGUUGCAAAAAUGAUUUUGGAGAAGAGAAAUGCCCAGGAAGCCCUUCGUGCCUUUCGAUUGGCAGAAAGCCAACCAGGAUUUGUCCACAACUGUCUAACUUACAGGAUCCUUAUUCACAAGCUUGGACUGCAAAGAAGAUUCAAGACUGUGAAAAAAAUUCUUCAUGAGAUGCAAACGCAGGGAAAUUGCCCACCAGAUGAAACCAUUUUCUGUACGAUGGUUCAUGAUUAUGGUCGGGCUAAAAUGGCAAAUGAGGCAGUUCAUGUAUUGAAUGUAAUGGAAGAGCUUGGAUGUAUACCAACUAUUAAAGUUUAUAAUGCAAUUCUGAAUGUUUUAGUCAAGCACGAUUUUUUUGUUGCCAAACACUUCUUUAGAAAUACUAUGAUGAACUCUGGGAUUAGCCCAAAUGUUUACACUUUUGGUAUCCUGAUAAAGGCACUUUGUCUGCUUGACCGCAUUUGGGAGGCAUUCAGAUUACUGGAGUCAAUGAGGCAUCAGGGUUGUGAGCCAAGUGUAGUCAUAUAUAAUACUCUUAUACAUGCAUUCUGUAAAAAGGGAAAAUGGGAUGCAGGUAAGGGAGUUAUGAUGAAAAUGAUGCGGAGUGGAUGCGAGCCAAAUGAGGUUACAUACCAUACACUGAUAAGUGGGUAUUGUAGACUGGGAGAACUAACAGAGGCACUUGAGCUUCUUGAAAAUGGAGUAGCAAGGGGCUACUUUCCUGAUGUAAUUACAAUAACAAAGUUGAUUGAUGCACUAUGUGAGGAAGGUAGGGCAGACGAAGCUGCUCAAUUGAUGCAACAAAUGGAAGCAAAAGGAUGUGUCACUGAUGUUAUAGCUCACAAUACAUUGAUCAAAGGAUUAUGUAAGGCAAAUAAAACAGAAAGUGCCCACAAAAUACUCAAAGGAAUGGCAAAUAAGGGCACUACUCCAAAUGUAGCCAGUUAUAACGCAUUGAUCGGUGGUCUUUGCAAGGAUGGCAAGAUAGAUAGGGCUGCUGCUAUGGUAGGUGAAAUGGAAAAAAAUGGUUGCAAACCUGAUGCUGUUACUUACAACACAUUGAUUCAUGCCUUUUGUAUACAAGAUAAGGUUGAAGAAGCUUUUAAGCUUUUUGACAUGAUGAAAGAACGGGAAUGUACUCCUGAACUUGUUACUUAUUACAUGCUUAUAUAUGGUCUUUAUAGGCAAAGUCGGGUGCAGGAGGCUUUCAAGUUCAUAAAUGAGAUGAAGUGCAAAGGCUCUUUUCCUGACACUGUAACUUACAGCCUACAGAUUCAUGAGCUGUGCAAGCAGAAUAAAGUGGCAGCGGCUGAAGAUCUCUUGGGUGAAAUGUCAAUCAGAGGCCAUAUACCUGAUGUUGUCACCUACAGCAUCCUCAUUGAUGGACUUUGCAAAAGAGGACAUUUAGUGAAGGCAUUUGAUUUACUGAAUCGAAUACUGAUACAUAUGAUAUUUUGAUUGAUGGACUUUGUAGAGAAGGCCAGUUGAAGGAAGCAUCUCAGCUUUUGGGAGUCAUGAGCGGUGAAGGGUUUUCCCCAAGUUUUACUACAUGGAAUAGUUUACUUCUGGAUAUAGACACAAAAAUGACACUGAGAAAUUGUAUUGACAUUAUGGAUGAUAUACUAUUUCCUCUGCAAUAUAUUUCACAAGGGUAAGUGUUUAUGA